CACUACUCCGCGAUAAGUGAGAUUUUUAUGAUCGCCGAUGAAAUUUUUGUUCAAAAUAAGACCGACAUCAUUACAAACGAAACCCUUCAUUCGAGUGGCAAAAUGGCGACUCUUCUCCCCCCUCCGACUAAGCGCCAGAAGACAGAGGCAGCUGAAAAGGCGCGUCUGCAACAGGAGAUCCAAAGCAUCCCGGAUAAUCUGGGCAGUGUCCGAGUGCAAUUCUUCGACCAAGCAACAGGAUCUGCGACAGGACCUGCAGUGUCCGUCCCGGUGGCCGAUGCCAACGUGAAAAAUCUUGAGACUCUUUUGAAUACAUUACAAGGCAAUGACGAUGAUGAACGAGUACCGUAUCGGUUCGCCUACCAAUCCCAGGACAAAGACAACCAGACAAUCGACAUCCUAGCAGAUCUCUAUCACUCCUUACUCCAUCCUGGGAUCAAAACAACCGAAGAUACCAUCUCUCUAUACUUUACCCCCCAGGCAGUAUUCCGAGUGAAGGCUGUUUCGCGAUGCGCUGCCUCGAUAGCUGGACACGGCGAAGCCAUUCUUGCGACUGCAUUCUCACCUGUAUCUUCUGCUACAAUGGUCACCGGGAGCGGCGACUCAACAGCCCGAGUCUGGGACUGCGACACUGGAACCCCAUUGCACACGCUGAAAGGACACACUAGUUGGGUUCUGGCAGUCGCCUAUUCCCCCAACGGUGCGAUUAUAGCGACAGGUAGCAUGGACAACAGCGUACGGUUAUGGGAUGCAAGGAAAGGACAGGCAUUGGGAGGUCCGCUCAAGGGACACGCGAAGUGGAUCACUAGUCUGGCUUGGGAACCGUACCACGUGCAACAAUCUGGUCGACCGCGGUUGGCUUCGGCAUCCAAGGAUUCCACGGUCCGCAUAUGGGACGUUGUAUCAAAGCGGAUCGACACUGUCUUGACAGGGCACAAAGGCUCGGUUACCUGCGUCCGAUGGGGCGGAAUGGGAAAGAUCUACACGGCUUCUCAUGACAAGACUAUCAAAGUGUGGGACGCCCAGAAAGGUACCAUCAUUCAGACGCUGCAGGCCCAUGCGCACCGCGUGAACCACCUAGCCCUAUCGACAGACUUCGUCCUGAGGACCGCCUACCAUGAUCACACCAAGAAGGUGCCUGAGACCGAGGCAGACAAAGUCGCCGCAGCCCGGAAACGCUUCGAGGAAGCGGCCACGGUCAACAACAAGAUCACCGAGAGGCUUGUGUCUGCAAGUGAUGACUUCACUAUGUACCUGUGGGAACCAGAGAGCUCCAAUAAACCGGUCGCCAGACUACUGGGUCACCAAAAGGAAGUCAAUCACGUAACCUUCUCACCCGAUAUGGCAUACAUUGCAUCCGCUGGAUUCGACAACCAUGUGAAAUUAUGGAACGGCCGAGAUGGAAAGUUUAUCACUACUUUCCGUGGCCACGUCGGUGCCGUCUAUCAGUGCUGUUUCUCGGCUGACUCCCGUCUUCUGGUAUCUUCGUCCAAAGACACCACACUGAAGGUGUGGAACGUCCGUACCGGCAAGCUAGCCAUGGACCUCCCGGGACAUAAAGACGAGGUGUUCGCUGUAGACUGGAGCCCGGAUGGGGAGAAGGUGGGCAGUGGCGGCAAGGAUAAGGCCGUACGGAUCUGGAGAAAUUAAUAUAGAUACGGCAAUAAAAUUUAGAAUUGCGAUACCCUAAGUUACUA